UUGUUUAAUAUAAUAUUAACUCAUUUUAUUUUUCAAAAUAAAUUCAAAUAUAUAUUACAGACAAAUAUAUAUUAGACAAAUUCAACAAAUUCAAAUAUGUAUUAGACAAACUUCGUUUAAUCAACUUUAGUCUAUAUCGCAAUAAUAGUUACACACAAAAAUCUUUCUAUAUAUGGACCAAUAAUAAUGUUUAAAUGGAAUUAUAAUAAGCGACCAAUCAUUUUGCAAAAUAAUGUAUAUUAUAAAUCGAAUUGCGAAUUAGCAUAAAGUUAUAUAUUGGACAGAAAAAAUUACUGUAUUUAACAUGGUUGGAACUAAUAUAAGAGAUAGACUUGACACUUACAGACGCCAGAAAUAUAGAGAACAAAUGACAAAAUCUAUUAAGAAUAUGAUACAAACUAUCUUACCAUGGAAUGGAAAUAAAUCAGCUGAAGAUAUUUUGGCAACAACUCCAAGUGAUAUUAAAGAUAAUCAAGAUAUGGAAAGUACCUAUUCAGAUGAUACUGAACACCAAUCACAAUGUACAAUACUAAGAAUAGUAACAUAUCUAUUGUAUUUUCUUCUAUGGGCUACCUUAUAUAUAAUUGCAAUUGAAUAUGAAUUUGGAGCAAUAUAUUUUAUUGUGUCUACAUUAAUAUUUAUUUGUUUAAAUACUCGAUCUAGACCAAAAAAACCAGGUGAACUUAGUGCUUAUUCUGUAUUUAAUCCAAACUGUAAAGCUAUUGAGGGAACACUUGAUGCUUCACAAUUCGAAAGAGAAAUAAGAUAUGGUAUAGGAAACAUACAUUAAUUUAAAAUGAUCUAAUUUAUCACAGGCAAAAAUAAUACAUGUUUUGUACUUACAUGUGUAUAAAUGACUAUAUAAUUUGUAAUAAUAUAAAAAUGAAAAAAUAG